CGUACCUGGUAGCGGUCAACUCGCGUCGGUCCGCGAAUGCAUCGAUAGGAAACCCUUGCUCACCUGAAUGCUAAUUCCUUUUCUCACCAUAUCAUCAUCCCCCGUUUAUUCACAUUUCUUGGGCUCUCGACACUCAUGGACUUGGAGCUGGUGCGCCGUCCGGAACUCGGCCAAGCAUGUUAGACACAGCUACCUGUCGAGCUGCAGCAUCAUGUUCUUGAAUACGUCGCCGAGGAUCCCACAAACGGCUGGGGCAGGAACAUCAACCGAGGCGGCGCAAAGAGACGUCUGACUAGCUACACCCUCGUCUGUUCGGGCUGGCGUGCCUUCUUCCAGCCCAGGCUUUUUCGCAAACUGACCAUCACCCAGCACGACUUCAACGAGCUGCGCAAACUCGGACGCGAUGCGGCACGGUGGAUCGAGUACAUCUGGCUUCGCAUCGAGCUCGACCGCUACGACUGCGAACAUUGCUGCCAGCCGGAGAGCAACUUCACACAUGGGAAGAACACGGAUGACACUGAGCGAGCCAUCUCGGAAUUCUUCAGAAUCAUGGUCCUUUGGUCCAUCAGCUACUCUGGUGACGGCUUCACGCUCGAGAUCAGCAUCCAUUCGCCAAGCGACCGUGAGCACGCCUUUAGCAGCUUCGACUUUGACGCGGUGCUCGACUCCGGAACGCUGCCCAACUCUGAGCCUUCCGGGAGCGGCCCGCCACGGCCUGCUUAUGAUCGAGACCAUAACCCUAGGUGGGCAAGGAAGGUCGGAGCCAUCCGCAGACUGUUCGGGCGCGGUGCCAUGCCCGUCGAGUUCAGCUGCAUGCUUCCCCCAGUCGAGAUCAUCAACCGUCUCGUGGUGCGACGGCAGACGCGUCGCCGGAUGACCCCGACAGGAUACGCACGUACGCCCGAACCCAACCUGUUUUUGAUGGGGUUUUGAUGGGGUCUUUUACGGCUACCUAUGGCUACGGGGACAACCCUUUCGCUCCCGAAUUUAGGAAUGGGCCGCUGACGUACCGUCCGGCAGACAUUUUCAGUGCGCUCACCUGCCUCAAG